AUGGAGGGCAAAGAAAAUAAACCAGGAAUUUUAAGUUGUCUUAUAAAAGGUCCUGGUCUAGUUUAUAAAUUACCAACGUUAGAUGGCAUAACAAUCUAUCUCGAUAUAGAAAUCCAUAUAGCAUACGAACUCGAUAUAAAGACAUCUGUAAUAGGGCUUGGGCCUCAUUACAAUGUCAGAAAUUUAACAAAAUCUGAGUCAGAUAAUCCACCUGCUUACACAAUCAGAGGAAGGAAAGCUUGGAUGCCAAAUCAUGUUUCUGGACCUGGAGCAUAUUCUCCCGAGUUGUGUCCACCAAUGAAUCAUACAGCUUACAGUAUCAAGUCAGGAAGUGUGAUAAAAUUUCUAGAUGAAGAAUCCAGAUCAAAUUCAUACCUUUUACGGACAUGCAUAGGAUCCAAAGUGCCUGAUAAACCUGCUCAGAGUGCAUUUUCUAUCAUUGAUUAUCGUAAGAUACACAAAGAAAUUUUGAAAAGUUCAAGCCUAGCCACGUACAUCAAAACAAAUUAUGAUAUGAUAAAACGACGAAGUCCGGCAUAUAGUCUAAAAGGAAGACAUAUUUUAUCAGAAAGAUAUCGCAGUUCUGCACCAAUCUUUUAUCCAUUGUAUGAUAUAUGAAAACGUUCAUCUACGUAUUCAUUUAUAAAACAUAGUGAAUGCGCCAGAAUACUUAUGACAGUUAGAUGA